AUGCAAGCGUUACAGUUAACACGAGCUACGGCGGGAGCACCUGUGAUUCUCUCUCUCAUAACUACAGAUGUUCCGACACCAAUGCCAGGUCAUCUUUUGAUCAAAGUCCACGCAUCAGCCAUAAUGCCCAGUGAUGUGUUGAAUUCGCGGGGAGGAUUUCCUUACACCAGAUUUCCCCGCAUUCCAGGCCGUGAUUUCGCUGGCACUAUUGCAGAGGGACCUCGAGCCGGUGAGGAAGUGUACGGAACCAGUGGUUUCACGUAUGCUUUUACCAUUGAUGGCUUUCAUGCGGAAUACUGUCUUGUACGCGAAGACGAGGUAGCGCGCAAACCUAAAAACCUUUCUUUUGCUCAGGCAGCUUGUGUCGGCGUGCCCUUCACAACCGCAGCGCUCACCCUGCGCAAGGCCUUCCUUAAGCAAUCAGACACAGUACUUGUGAUAGGAGGUUUUGGUUCCGUAGGAUCCGCAGUUGUUCAAUUAGCACGUUCCAAAGGGUGUAAAGUGUUGCUAGCCGCACGCGGAGAAUCAGCUGACGUUUCUACUGAUGACAUGGAGCUUACUGCGGUCGAUAACCUUACUGGCGGCCAGGGAGUCGAUGUUGUGAUAGACACUAUUGGGAUACCAGCUCUAGUUGGCGCAGCCAUAAGUAAGUUGGCCCAAGGAGGAAGAUUGGCGUUCAUCACCGCACCUCGCGACGUGAACCUUACAGUGGAUAUGAAAGACUUUUAUCGUCACGAGAAAUGCUUAAUUGGAUGCAAUUCACUAUCAUACAGCGCUCAAGAAUUGGCCAGGUUAAUGGGCGAGUUCACGCUAGAGUUCGAAAAUGGAAAAUUAAUAGCUCCGAGGGAGGAAAUCUGGGAAAAAAUCCCCUUGAAUCAGGCUGUUGGAGCAUAUCAAAGGGCAUUAGAGGAUUCUAGUCACAAAUACUUAAUAGUUAUGCCAUAG